GUGAGCCACAUAUAUGUGCAUUCAGCCUCGUGUUGUCGUCGAGGUCUUAGUCGAUCUGAUAUGGAAUGUGGCGCAUUCAUCAGCCACACAUUCCUAGCGGGUUCAGCCUCGUCGUUUUGGCUUUCACCAACGUCUCUCCUCCAUCUUGCACAGAACGUCCCAACCACCAUCGUCAUUCGCACACGCCGUGCACAGAAUCCUCCAAAAUGGCGUCCAGUGUAGAUGCUAAGCUCCUGAAAUCGACAAAAUUUCCUCCAGAGUUCAGCAAGAAGGUGGAUAUGCAAAAGGUGAACGCUGAGGUCAUGAAAAAAUGGAUCGCAGGAAAGAUCUCUGAAAUCCUUGGAAAUGAUGACGAUGUUGUGAUUGAACUGUGCUUCAAUCUGAUUGAAGGCGCUCGAUUUCCGGACAUCAAGACUAUGCAAAUACAAUUGACGGGAUUUCUCGAUAAGGAUACAGCAGCAUUCUGUAAAGAGCUCUGGAGUCUUUGUUUGAGCGCUCAAUCCAAUCCCCAGGGAGUCCCCAAAGAGUUGCUUGAGGCGAAGAAGCUGGAGCUCAUACAGGAGAAGAUCGAAGCCGAGAAAGCAGCAGAGGAAUCACGGUCCCGUCGAGAAGAGGAGCAGCGCCGAGAACGCGAAGUUAACAAUAUCCGCAACCGGGAACGAGGCGAGCGUGGUGACCGGGGAGAUCGAGGAGAUCGGGGAGACCGAGGUGGUGGCCGCGGAGCAGGGCGCGGAGAUACAUGGCGAGGUGGUCGAGGAGAUAGAGAUUUUGAUCGCAGAGGAGGUAAUGGUGGAGGUGGAAGAGGAUUCGAUCGACGAGGUCCACCACGUUCUAGAUCUCCUCGCCGAAGAGAUUCAAGAGAGCGAGCGUCGUUUCGGGAGCCUCCUAGGGCUGUCACCGAUUCAUACGUACCAGGUGGACGCAGACGAAAUGAACGCCGACGCCUAUCAACGUCCGAGUCUCGUUCGCCAUCUCCUACUAGAUCCAAAUCAGAAUCGCGCACACCUCCUCGCAGACGCCCUCGUUCCAUAUCCCGAUCCCCUUCUCCUCCUCGGAGACGAUCAAGAACACCUGAAAGAAGAAACAAUUACCGUGCUCGUGGAGGGAGGGGCCGAAGAAGCAGAGAUCGCGAAGAGCGUCCCAGGUCACCCAGUCUAGACUCAUCUCGGUCUCGUUCUCCGAGACCAACUCGACGCAGAAGAUCAAUUUCUCUCUCAGCGUCUCUAUCGCCUCCGCCAAGGUCUCGAAAAGCCCGUCGUGAUAGCAGCUCUCGCUCUCGAUCUGUUUCUAGCUCACGCUCGAGAUCGAGAAGCCCUGACAUAAUCCUGGCUUCAAGCAAAGGCAGGGCGGGAAACACGCCAACCCCAGAUACUGAUGAAGACAGGCCUAGGGCUCGAAAGGACCGUGACGAACAUCGGCUAACUCGGAGCAACAGCCGCAGUAUGACACCUCCGCGCCGUCGCCGAAGCCGAUCUAGAAGUUCCAGUCGUGGUGGAAGGGACAGAAAGCGUCGUCGUUCUGUACAACGUUAUGAGCCAGCAAACAAGAGGCGACGAAACACAUCUUCUGAAUCGAGAGAUCGUAAAGCUGAUUCAGAUGAAGAGAAAGAUAGGGAAUCGCCGCAAAGAGAAACGAGCAAGAAUGCUGGUCCCGUCCGUCCCAACGAGGUUGGUAGCGAUUCGUAAUCUCAAACCGGGGCUGGAUCUUUCAUUAUGACUGGCAUGUCUUCUACUUGCAUUCAGUGAGGCUGACAUAUCUGAGGAGGCCCAGAUGAAAGAUCCGAAGAGAGAAGCCCAGGAACUGCGAGAGGAGUUGCUCAGAGAGAAGAUUAAGAAGAUGAGGACUUUAAGUACCGACUCUGUUACUGCUCAGGCUAACCCACGUUGAGGAUCAAAUUUCGACAUUUACUGCUUCGGCUGGCUGGGGAACGGGAAUCUUGUUGGAUUGUUUGCUGAAUGUAAUAGAAACUCUGCCAUUAGAUAUGAGACUUACAUCUUUGCAAGUUUGACUGUUUUAAUUCUGUUUGGAGAUAUUGAUUUAACUCGCUUUUCCGUGUCGCUUGUAUACUAGUAGCGACAUCUAUUUCCCU